UCACAGCGUGGGUGACUGCAUUUGUCGUGAUGGCAUCAAAAGAUCCUGCAUAUGAGAUCAUUAGAACCAACAAAGUUAAACUGCAGCAAUACCUCCAGGCGAAGUCUUCAGAAGUGCUUGACUAUUCCUAUCAAACAGAGAUAGUCCUGGACAGUGAAUACGCAUCCCUUAAAAGCAAGACUGACCCCAUUGUGCGAACACGGGACCUGGUUGACCUGGUGCUCGACAAGGGAGAAGAUGUGUGCAUAAGAUUCCUUAAAGCCGUGCUGGUGCCGCUGAGAUCCGAGAUCCCACCCUUGAAUCAGUGGAUCUCACAGAAUGAGCAGCAGCUCAACGUUAUGGGUGUCGAUCUGAGCAGAACUGCGGCUAAAGCCAUCCCUGGAGCAGCUUCACAUAAGCCUGGUGAUGAUUACAGAGAAUUCUUGUUGAAGCUGACGUCAUUGACACAAGACUACGAUGCACGACCUGGAGAACCUGCAGUGUUUUUGCUGGAGAGGAUGGUGAACCCAAUUCUGGUUCCCUAUUACAGCCAGCAAGAAACCAAUGAGCACGAAUUACUAGCGAGAGGAAAACAGCACGAGGAAAUGAUAGAGAGAGCACAGAGAGAAGGGAUGACUUACAAGAAGCUCUUUGAUCCCGUUGAAUCCAUUGGGGGAAAAAAACACCCCCGACUGGUUAUUGUAGUGGGGACUCCAGGCAGCGGUAAAACCAUGUUAAGCAAAUUUAUUGUGCACAGCCUGCUGUCAGGUGAGAGAGUGUUUGCACAAUGCUUUGAUCACAUUGUGCUCAUAACGUUCAGGGAGAUAAAUGAUGUUGUAGAGGUGUCACUGGCAGAGCUGUUUUCUGUGCUGCACUCAUGUUUGGGAAACAAAGCAGAUGAGGUUUUCGCAAACCAAAAGAGAACCCUUUUUGUUAUGGAUGGGUUGGACGAGUUUGGAAAGUGCCUUCACUAUGCCAAUGCUUGCACUGAUCCACGUAAGACGGCAACAGUAGAAGCUAUCAUUGCUGCCCUAGUGAAUGGAAACCUCUUACCCAAUGCCACGGUCUUGAUAACGACCAGACCCAUUGCAAUGGAGCAGCUGAGGAAAGUGAAUGUUGAUCGAGCUGUUGAAAUCAUUGGGUUUUCCAACGAAGAUAAAAUAGCAUUCUUUAACACAUUUUACCAAGAUAGGAGUCUAGCAGAAAGGGCACUCAAGCUCCUGCAGGAAAAUGAAACAGUGAAUACAUUGUCCCAGAACCCUUCAUUCUGCCAUAUAGCAGCCAUUACACUGAAGGAACAUUUACAAAAGUCUGAUCAUUCUGAGAUUAUCCUCAAAUCAAUGACCGACCUCUUCACACAAUACGUGUUUGGGCUAAUAGAACACCAUGGACGUGGCAGCCACGGAACCAAGGAAACCUUAUCAUCUCUUGCCAAUAUGGCUCUGAAGGGGGUUCAGCAAAACAUCCAGAUGUUCAGCCAAAAAGAUCUAGAAGAGUGUUUUGUUAGCUCUUCUGAACUCGGAAGUACAUUCAUCAACAAAGUGUUCACAUGCGAGGGCAUUAAACAAGGGAGUUGCUAUUCAUUUUCACACUUGACAAUGCAGGAAUUCUUUGCAGCGAUAGCCGUGCAUCUGUCACAUUCAACACGGCCAGUAAGUGACGUCAUCAAGGCUAUUGAGGACAGCAAAGAUGGGAGGUUUGAUGUGUUUCAGAGGUUUUUUUGUGGACUAGCAUCAAGCACUCCAUGGAACUUCUUUGAGGGUAUCUUGGAUCCUCCAUCUGCAGAUUCUCAAAAGGAAAUAAUCGAGUGGCUCAAUCGCAGCAUGAAGACUCAGAUGGUUGACAAACACAGGCUCAUCAGUCUCCUGCACUGUGUGCACGAGCUGCAAGACCGCAAAUCCCUCAAUGAUGCCACUCGGUCCAUGACUAAGAUAGACCUGUCAUGCACAAAGCUGUCCCUGCCAGACUGCGCUGCCCUCUCCUGGAUCUUGAUGCAGCGAGAAGAACCUGUGACGACACUCAACCUGUGGGGCUGCGGCAUCGGCACCGAGGAAAUGAAGAGACUCCAGCGUGGACUGCACAGAUGUAAAGAGCUAGUGCUGAGUGAGAACGAGAUCAGAGACAGCGGACUCCGACUUUUAGCAGACGGGAUGUUGGAGAGAGAAGGGAGUUUGGAGACGUUAGAGCUGUAUCGGUGCUUACUGAUGGACAAGUCGGGUUCCUCUCUCAGUGUCAUCCUCAAGGCCAACAAAGGUUUGAAGAAUCUCGGGCUGACUCUCAACGAUAUCGGAGACAGCGGCCUCCGACUUUUAGCGGACGGGAUAUUGGAGAGAGAAGGGAGUUUGGAGACGUUAGACCUGCGUCGCUGUCCACUGACAGACAAGUCGGGUUCCUCUCUCAGUGUCAUCCUCAACACAGGUUUGAAGAUUCUCAGGCUGAGUUACAACAAGAUCGGAGACAGCGGACUCCAGCGUAUAGCGGACGGGAUGUUUAGGAGAGAAGGGAGUUUGGAGACGUUAUUUCUGAUAGGCUGCUCACUGAAGGACAAAUCGAUCCCGGCUCUCCAUGACAUCAUAAUCACCAACAAAGCAUUGAGGGAGCUCAGGGUGGAGUGCAAUGACUUCAGUGAGGAGGGGAAGCAGGAGCUGAGGAGCAAAUGGACUCCCAGAGAAGGCCUGCGUUUGUAGAUUUAAGCGGAGAGGCGACGCUGGCGCUGCAACAGAUGGAGCUGCCCCACGCACGACUCGCACAGCAGCCCGGUGCAUUUAACCUCAAGAGCUCCUGUCACCGGCACCGACUCUGAGCCUGACUGAGACGACAAUGAGCGGGGAGCUUUCUCUCUCUGUGAACCCCACACGAAGCCAAGGGUGAACGCGGCUCCGAGAUUCUGAUGAGCGUGGUGAUUCCGAUGAUGUGUAACUGUAUUUAUGAAUGUUGUGUAGGGAAUCGAUGUUGGGGCUCGUGGAGGAGGGGUGGCAGGGGGAAUGCGGAGGGUUGCGGGGCAGGGGGUGAUUUUCAAUGGUCUGGCAGCUCACCUGUUACAUCACGUAGCUACAAACAUUUUCAUAAAUGUUGCAUUUGUCACAAUGCCAUACACACCAUACAAAUCGUACACCUAAUGUUUUGCUCAUAACUUGCCCAUUGCUUUCAUCUUCAUUCUUGUGUCAACUCACGUUAAAUAUCUUCUUUGUUAUUGUGUGAACUCACGUUCAAAUACACAUUUUUUUUAAAAUAUCACCUUCCUAUUAUUACAUUACUUAUUUUCACUUACAGCGUUUGUGACUGCAGGAUUUCAUAUUAUUUGCCGCCUGGGUAAAACUGCAUGGCCGGGAGUCGGAGCCAUUCCCUCUACACCUUCGGGUGCGACAGGCAUGUCCUCUGGCU